AUGUACCGGAGAGAUCUAGAUUCCAAAUACAGUGAAUAUGAGCGACGGUAUAAAGAUCGCGACACUACCGUUGUCACCGUAGCGCUUCUUGAAAUGGGCCUACAUGCAAUGCAUGCGGAAAGCAGACGCACAAUUGUUGAAAGGCUGGGCAAGUGGUGGAGGAAGACCUUGGAUGAUGAAAAGCAGUUCAUUCUCGAAAAUUUUCCUGCAUUCAAACUUGUAGACGAAUAUGCUGCUAAACAACCGUAA